AUUUGAGGCUUCGGUCAAAUGAUCCGCUUCAGCGGUUAAUUUUGUGUUUAACGGGUAGAAAUGAUCGUUACCGGGCAUAUGUUUCGGUUUGUACUGGCCUGAAGGAGCCCGUGAAUGCGGGGAAUGUUGAAAGAUUUAUGUUUGAGGAUGAGUAAUGUUUUUUUUAGGGAAAACAUGGAGUCUAACGUUACACACAGGCGAGGCCCUAAAGGCACAUUUCCCACAUUUAAGAAAGAGCAAGAUUAUGUGCGAAAUAAAACAGUCAGUGUCUACCAUUUAUAUUGUUGUUAAAUGGAAGGAGACAGCAGCACCACUGACGCCACUCAGUUAGGAAUAACAGGAGAGUUUAUGACUGGAGGCACAUAUGUCUUACAGGCCCAGGAUGAUGAUGGGGAUGAAAGUUUUAAUGACCACGAAGAUGGAAAUGGCAGCAAAGAUAAUUUAAGAGAGCAAGAUAUUUACCUCCCUAUUGCCAACGUGGCCCGCAUCAUGAAGAACGCCAUCCCGCAGACUGGAAAGAUUGCAAAAGAUGCAAAGGAAUGUGUGCAGGAGUGUGUGAGUGAGUUUAUCAGCUUCAUCACGUCCGAAGCGAGUGAGAGAUGCCAUCAAGAGAAACGCAAGACUAUAAACGGAGAGGACAUUCUGUUUGCAAUGUCCACGCUGGGGUUUGAUAUGUACGUGGAGCCCCUUAAAGUCUACCUACAGAAGUUCAGAGAGGCAAUGAAGGGUGAGAAAGGCAUCGCUCCUGUAACCGUCAACGAGGGCCUUGGAGAAGAACUCACUGAUGAGACUUUUACCGGACAGAUACCUGCAGGACUGAUCACUGCAGAUGGCCAGCAGCAGAAUGUGAUGGUGUACACCACCUCAUACCAGCAGAUCCCUGGUGUUCAGCAGAUACAAUUCUCAUGACUUUAGAAAGGAGUGGACCUUGUCCGUUGGCCUGUCCAGUGACAAACUAAUCUCUUACAAAGUUGCAGGUCAGUGCAGGAAGACCAAGAGAUGCCUGGUUAUCACAGCAGGGAAAAAAGUGCCUGUUGCUGAUUUAUCAUUCACUCAAGGGAUGUCUUCUUAAUUCAUUCAGUAUUAUAUUCAGGCCAAUUUGUUUCCGUAUGCUUGCUGAAGGUCAUUUGGUGCAGGCCACGUUAAAUUAUGAGUCAUUAUUUGUUCCUUGUAUUUAACAUUUUUAAAUACAGUUUGGGAAGGGGCAGUGGGAAAACAUGAUGGACGAUCUUUGACAGCUAAGGGAAUUCUCAUUUGAUGCCUGUUUGAAGAAGGUCUUAAUGAACCUCGUGUGAAUUAUUGUAAUGCUGUUUUUUCUAAAUAAAAAUGUUUGAAUGUUGUU